UUUUUGUCGACUCGGGGAAUAUUGUCUGAAGAUAAAUUAAACUUAGUAUUUACUGUGGUAUCGGGCGAAUGAUACGUUCAGCUAUCUUGUCCGGGUUAUAUAUUAAAACACGAUGUUUUCAUGGAUAAAAUGAAUACUUUUUAACCUGUUAUAACUCUGUGACUUGAAGUAACUUUGUUGUUUGUUUCUCUCGUACAAAAUGCCGAACAACUUGGAACAGAAUACGUUGCUGAGAAUUUCUGCGGCAAACAAUAGUUAUGGCUCUGUUCUUAAAAACAACCUAAUAUCUUCAGCCAGUGUAUUUCCAGCACGAAGGGUUAUAUACUGUGUUCAUGGAAAACCAAGUGCAGGUUGUUGCAAGGUUUCAGAGGGAGAAAUUGUUAACAUUGAACCAAACGAUGAUAAUAUAACUAACCACACCAAAGAGAACAUGGACACAACCGAGCUUGUAAACAAACAUUGUCACCAGACGGAUAUGCCAGAUAUCGAUCGGAAAGCUAGAAGAAAGCUGAUAGUAGCAAGCAUUCUUUGUGUGAUUUUCAUGAUAGGAGAAAUUAUUGGUGAGAGACAGAUAUCAUAA